AUAUAUAUCCUUAGUUUUUUUAGAUACAAACAGAUAAUCUAAUAUAUCUUACCACUAAUCAUAGUGGGUUAUGUAUGCUUAGUUAUCCUUGUCCGCUUAUCAUAUUUGUUGGGCCGACAGCUCUUUGUUUCAUUAAAAUCAAGAACCCAAACGAAAUAGUGAAGACUUAACCAAGCAAUGGAAGUGACAAGUGCUGUUCAUUCUGUUGGGUUUCUGCAUUGGCAUUCACACUCUUCACACGCUGAAAGGCUCAACAGUAGAGCUUUCUUCAUCUCCACAAGAAUCACAGGACGAAGGAAGGUUCCUCUUCUUUGUAAUCAUCAUCCAAACCACUUAGUCAAUGGUGGUAGUAGAAGUAACACAAGUGUCAUCAUCAAUUCCACUUCUGCUACGACUGCUACUUCAACAACAACUUCUGGUGCUGAUGGGGUGGUGGAAAAGAUAAAGCAGAGGUGCCUUACAUGGCAGUGGAAGGGUCAGUAUUCCAUCAACUACUUUGUUUCUUCUGAUGCAGAUUCACCUCAGCAGCUGCAGGCCAACCACCCUCCUUUGUUACUUGUCCAUGGCUUUGGUGCUUCCAUUCCUCACUGGCGCAGGAAUAUCAAGACACUGGCCCAGAAUUAUACUGUUUAUGUUAUUGAUCUUCUUGGUUUUGGGGCUUCGGAUAAACCUCCAGGCUUUUCAUAUACCAUGGAAACAUGGGCUCAGCUGAUCCUUGAUUUCUUGGAUGAAGUUAUUCAGAAACCAACUGUACUAAUAGGAAACUCUGUUGGAAGUCUUGCUUGUCUCAUUGCUGCUUCAGAUUCAAGUCAAACUCUUGUUAGAGGAAUUGUGCUGUUAAAUUGCGCUGGUGGCAUGAACAACAAAGCAAUUGUUGAUGAUUGGAGGAUCAAGUUACUAUUACCCUUUCUUUGGCUGUUUGAUUUUUUAUUGAAGCAAAAGGGAAUUGCCUCAGCAAUUUUUGAGCGUGUUAAGCAGAGAGAGAAUUUGAGGAACAUUUUGAGUUCAGUGUAUGGAAACAAAGACUCUGUGGAUGAUGAACUGGUAGAGAUCAUUAGGGAACCAGCAAAUGAUCCAGGGGCCUUAGAUGCAUUUGUAUCCAUUGUAACGGGGCCACCGGGGCCUAAUCCAGUGCAGUUGAUGCCAAAAAUUUCCUUGCCUGUUUUACUUUUAUGGGGAGAUCAAGACCCUUUUACUCCACUUGAUGGACCUGUUGGCAAGUACUUUUCUUCAUUGCCUUCUCAACAAGAAAAUGUUAAACUCUUUGUACUUGAAGGGGUUGGACAUUGUCCCCAUGAUGACAGGCCUGACUUAGUUCAUGAAAGAUUGCUUCCGUGGUUGGCCAGUCUUUCAAAUUCAUAACUGUGUGUGUAGUAUUCACAAGCUGCAACCAGUUGCUAAAACCUCCUUUCAUUGUUUAUUUGGUGACUCCAUCUUCUGGAAUUGCCUACGUAUAUUCUAUCCGUGUAGAAUAUGUUCAUAAUUUUAUUUGCAUUCAUUUACACCAUCAACUGUCUUGGAAGAUAGAUUAUAUUCAAAAACGCAUGGAAGUUAGCCAUUCUCGUGGUUACAAUAUUCUGUUUACCCUGAUAUGUAUUUUUCUUUCUUUCUUCAUCUUUGAUCUUUGACACUACUGAGAUUUGUGACUCCCUUU